UUCAAUUUUGUGACAUAAAGCUGUGUUCUUGGCUAAUCAGUUCGUGUAAUUAUUUUGGCGGGCUUUUAAAUAAUGGAAUCGUUUAAACAGAAUAACUGUCGCCUCUGCCAUAAAACCUUUUGUUGUGAAAAAUGCCGCGCCCACCAUGAGGAAGAUUUCCACAACGUAAACCCGGAGUGCGAACUCUGCAUUUAUGGUCGUACUACCAUUAAGGAGGCUUCAGUGUCUUUACUCAGUCACAUCAAAAGUGCCCACUGGCCGCUACACUGCGUCUUCUGCAAAAAGGUCUUUAGUUCUCUUGACGAGCUGGUACCUCACGACAAGUGUCCGCUGAAAGUCGAAAAGAUGUGUGGAACUCCCAAAACUCCUGUUACUCCUGUCGCAGAUAAGGAAGAACCAUCUCCUGAAAUCACGCCGUUUUAUAAGACUACUAAAAACGGAACUCAUCAAAAUGGUCCUACUUCAAUUGCUAUGGCCGCUUCAAGUACUCCUUUAUUUCACAAAGAAGAAAUCAACACAAAACAGAAAAUAACUCCAGAUAAUCAAAGUCUGAAUAUCCACAAGUCUAAUUUGAAGUUGACAGGAUCAUCUAACUUGAGCGACUCAAAGAGAAGUGACAGGAGGGUCACUUUUUCGGAAACGCCAUCAUUCUCCGACUGUCCCAAAAAACCAAAGUGUUUCUCUUUGCCAAAACAAAUAGAGGAUAAACUCGAAGAUGAAAUUGAGGCAUCUGCAGACGAUUCAUACGCAAGUGUAGAGGAGGAAAUAUUCAAAACGGCACCCACCAGCACGAAACUCGAAGAAAAAGAAAACAUUAACAACGAACUUAUAGCUUUUGACAAAUCUAAGAUAGACAGGACAUUAUGGGAGAGUGCCUUGACUACAGUGGAGUUUAGCGGAUCCAAUGUCGCUGACUCCUUUGACAGGAGUAACAAAAUUAACGUAUCGCUGCAAAUUAACGUAUUCAACAGUGAUAAUGGUUCCAGUUUAAAUGCAAAGAGUCCAGAAAAUGCACCUUUACUUAAUAAACCCACGAAUAUUUGGUCUUCAGUGACGAACAUAGUGAAGUCGGUCGUAAGCAAUAUAUCUAUGACAGCCCAGAGUAGUUUCAGUGUGUAUUUGAAUAUGCGUUACUGGAACAACUCACAUAAUUUAUCUUUUUUAGCAAGCGCUAGUACUAAGCGGCCCCAGCCAGACGAACUAGAAGCGCCAACUGUGAAACGUAUGAAAUUGACAGAACUGAAGUGCAGGAGACCCAUUAGAGCGAUAAGUCCGACGUACAUGAUUCGUCUUGCCAAGCCGCAAUUCGUAGAUAAGGCUACUCAAACUGACGAAAUUUGGAUUUGAUCGUGAUCUUUAUUUUACUAAAACAACGUUUAAUUAUAAUUUUUUGUAUUUAAUAUAUUUACAUUUUCAAAUAAAUUAUGUAAUAAGCUAUAA